AUGCUCAUCAAUGAACUUGGUGAUAUACCGAUGGCUUCAGAUGCAGAUUGUGGAGUUGAAGUUGAAGCUGAAGCUUUUGGAGGAUUAUUAUAUGCUGGUUUUGAUGUAUCUGUUGUCUUUGGUGCUUCUGCCUUUGGUGCAUCUGUUGUUUUUGGUGCAUCCGGUGCUUUUGGUGUUGUUACCUGUGGUGGAGGGACAUUAUCAUCUUUCCAUAGAAGUUUGACCUUUUCACCGCCACUCCACGUUGAAGCAGCGACUGGUUCUGUGGGAAAGAUAUUAGCAUUUGCACCAACAGUCAAAAGAGCCAAGCUUAAAAAAUGUGAAAUUUUAAUUAUGGAGGAGGAAGUAGGAAAACAAGAAACCGGUUUACAAGUAUUUCGAUUAAUUAAUUAUGAUGAUGGCACAAUAAUAAUCAGAGUUACAAGAGAUACUUUAUGUCCUGAAACUUUGAUAAGGCUUCGAGUAAUUAGUAAAGAUGGAGAUGUUAAAUCUGUAACCUUUGGUGGAUUACCUGGAACUCCUUGCACCCUAGCUUCUGAAAUUUAUCCUUUGAAAAUCGAUUAUUUUCUGUUAACCUAUUUUAAUUGUGAAAAAAGUUUUUGCAACCAUUAUGGAAUGAUUUUAUCUUGGGAUGGAGCGAUCGUCGAAAGUGACAUUAAUUUAAGUGAUGUACAACUAUUAGAACCUCUUCUUCUUAAUAAACGUGUCCAAUCUAAAACUGUUACCAGAUAUCCUGGUUUGGUUCUUCAUGUUGUAAUUGAUGAACAAGGAAUCAUCAGCUGGAGAGAGUUUGAUUUUUCAAAAGAUGCAACAAAAUCAAAACUUUUAAGAUCAGGAAACAGUGAGAAAAGUAGUACCUAUGAAUUCACCGUAGAAGAUUUUGAGCUUUUACCGAUAAAAAAUGGUGCUUAUGCUAUCACAAUUGCUUAUAACUUAAGCACUAAUAUUGGCAAUGGAACGAUAUACGAAGUUGAAACCUAUAUUAUUCCACCUUUAACAAGUCUAAAAAAUAAUUUGACUAAAUUCACUUUAUAUAAAUCUGAAGAUGAUCUUCAAGAAAUUAGAUUAAUUGGGUGUCAUGACAACAUUGUUGCUGGCACCAGCAAUUCUUCUCAGAGUGAAGAUGCGUGUUUUCUGGAAAUUGAAAAAUCAAAUAAAUUUUCAUGGAUGCAAUUAUCAUUUUCAACUGAAGGUGUAACUAAUCCUUUGGCAACAUUUGGAAAUGAUUCUUUUUAUGACACAGACACAAAAGAACGUAUUUAUUCUGUGAUGGGAAUGUCUAGAAACAAUACUGAUAAUUAUAUGGUGAUAACAAUUAAUACCAGUGAUCCAAAAACUGCUCAUUUUUCUGGUUAUAUUUACAAUGAAUCGAAUAGAACUUAUACUCAUUGGGGUUUUCCAGAAGGAAUGCAAUUUAGUGGUUUAUUCAAAAUGUUACCAAAUGAUACUCUGAUAGCACCUUUGGUCUCACCUGCUAAUUCUAAUUUUUGGUCAUUGGAAUCAACUGUUAUCAAUGUUGAAGGAUCACAAACGCAUAGUGAUUUCGAUAUUAAUGCAAAUAUUAUGGAAUUUAAUCCAAAAAAUGGAACAACUGUUCCCUAUAAUCUUGGUGAAGUAAAUGUAACCAUAUCCAGUGAAGAUGUAGUAAUAGGAUCCGGAAAUAUUGUCAUUUAUCAAUUAUUAAAUAACAAUGAGACUCUAUUACGACAAACAACACCAGUAAAUUCUCCAUUUGUAUAUUUAGAACAUGACACUACAAGCGCAUAUCAUACAAUUUUGCAUUGUUCACCUCUUCUAUCCAGUACAUUGAAUCAAGCUAAUGGUAAUUACCUUGUGCACUUUGACAAUAGUUUAUUAAUGACCAAGGAAAAUACUUCAAUUCCCAUCCAAGACAUAAGCUUUACAGUUGGCGAGAUUCCACCAGAUGGAACUGAAGAUGAAUUUGAGAAAGGAAUUUUUCGAUUAUCUGUUGAUGGAUCAGAGCUUUUUAAAACAUUGAAAGGAGAAGAUAGAGAUAAUUAUUUUUUUCAUUUAAAGCAUGAAAUGGCACAAUUCGUCCCUAUUAAACCUUCCAGAUUGACUAUAUCUAAUCAAACUCAAAUUGACUCCAGCAGCAUUACACAUCCACAAGUCUUAAUAACGUUUAUAAUUGCAGCAACUGAAAACGAUAAAGAAAGAAGUGCAAAAAGAUUGCUUUCUGAUAUGAAUACAAUGAUUACUAAUAAACAAUACACCAACAUUUCCGGCGAUACUUAUCUAGACUUUCUUGACACUACUUAUGGUGUUCAAGAAAUUCCUAAAGGAAUUUCGUUUAGUAGAGUUGGAUUUAAAGGGUUUAUCGCCUUAUUUGGAUUACUUGCAGAUACAGUGGUUGUUAUGGAAUCUGUAUUCACUACCAGUGAUGGUGGUACAUCUGGAAUCCAAUCAAGACAUGAAGAAACCGAACCAAUGUUAACCAGUCAUCAAGAAGUCCAUCAGCAUUAUCAAGAAGAAGAAUCUCAACAUAACGUACACUAUACCACUGAUUUUAAAGUUGAUGAAAACGAGCCUCAUAAAAAAUAA